AUGGCUGAACAAGAACAAGAGAGCGCCCGAGUUAGAGCCGAGUUGGAUGAAAUCAAAGGAGGCAUGUCCCAGAUGCGAGAGAUGCUGCAAGCUUUAACCUUCAGGUUUGAGGUUUCACAAGUGACCGUGAUUUCAGAGACCACGGGCCCAGCAGUAGAAGUCCCACUUCAGAGGUCGUUACCCUCAACCCUUCCUCCAUAUGGGCUACCCUAUGACUUCGUCCCCCGAGCGGAGGUGGUGCACGACAUGGGGCAAUCUGUCCAACAAGCCGUGCCAUUACCGGUUUACACCGACGCACGUCUAGUCAUCCAUACUGUGGCCCCACCAGCUUCCUAUGCUAGGCAUAUUCCUCACUAUGAAGAUCAAAACCACAUGUAUCAGACUGUCGACUCAACCGUUGCUGGUGACGAAGUAAGGCUUGAGGAUUUCAGAGAAGUAAAGGAGAACAUGCAGCUCCUCGAGAAGAAGUUUCGAGAUCUAGAAGGAGACCACGUCUUUGGAUCUGCUGCCAAAGAAAUGUGCCUUGUAUCCGGGUUGGUGAUUCCAGCAAAAUUCAAAACUCCGGACUUCGACAAAUACAAGGGGCAUACUUGUCCAAAGAUCCAUCUCAUCAUGUAUUACCGAAAAAUGGCUGCACACGUGGAAGACGACAAGUUGAUGAUCCACUGUUUUCAGGACAGCUUAAGUGGAGCUCCUUCCAAGUGGUAUUUGAGUCUAGAUCAGAACAGGAUCAGGUGUUUCCAAGACCUGUCAGACGCGUUCAUAAAACAUUACAAAUAUAACAUGGAUAUGGCGCCUGACAGAAGACAAUUGCAGAGCAUGUUCCAGCAUGACAAGGAGUCCUUCAAAGAGUACGCUCAGAGAUGGAGGGAGCUGGCUUCUCAAGUCGAACCACCUCUUUUUGAAAAGGAAUUGGCUGAACUGUUUAUCGACACGGUCCAACCUCAAUUCUACGAAAAGAUGGUUGGAAGUGCUUCCCUGGGAUUCUCGGAGCUUGUUGCUAUAGGAGCUCGCGUUGAAUAUGGUGUGAGAAAUGGAAAACUGGCGGCUGUAGCUGGAACUUCAAAUGCUAAUCCAAAGAAGUUCUCUGGAGGGUUUCCUAGAAAGAAGGAAGGGGAAAUAAAUGUUGUGACUGCUGGUCAAGGAAGAGCUCCUCCAAGAAGGAGACCACAACAAUAUCCACCUCAACAGUAUGUUCAACAACCAAUUCCCUAUCAACAACCCAUGUAUCCCAUCCAGUAUGCUCCACAAUCGUACGUAGCUACUGUGACGCCUGCAUUCAAUCAACAACCUGCUCAGGCUUAUCAAGUGCCUCCAGCUUAUCGACCAACUCCAGUUCAACAACGUGUUAUGGCUCCUCCAACUUAUCAACAAGCACCAGCAGCUCCUGUUUAUCAACAACCGAGAGCUCCAGCACCAAGGCAAAAUGCUCAGAACCAGAAUAAGAGGCAAGGGGAGAGGGCGACCUUCAAUCCAAUUCCAAUGUCGUACACUGAGCUAUAUCCCUCCUUGUUGCAAAAGGGUUUGGUGGUUCCUAGACCUAUGGGACCUCCACCUGGCUGUCUUCCUCCAUGGUACAACCCUAAUGCACAUUGUCCUUUUCAUGAAGGUGCCCCCUGGCAUGACUUAGAGGGUUGUUACGCUCUGAAGCAUAGGAACAAUCCUCUUCCUCCCCAUGGAGAUCCUGCAGUAAACGCCAUCGAAGACGCCUCUGUUGGUGUUACGGUUGAUAAGGUGGAUGAUGUAAAGACUCCUUUGGCAGCAUUCCAUGCUCGAUUGGUGGAAGCUGGCCUGGUUAAUGUUGAUCAUGACAACUGUGAAGAGUGUGCCACACACCCAAGAGGAUGUCAGGUGCUACGAGACAAUAUCCAAAACAUGAUGGAUGAAGGAGUGCUUCAAAUAUCCAGUGUUGUGAAGAACGAAGACGUGUUGGUAAUUGAACCUUGUUUCAAUUUACCCGAACCAGUGGAAAUCCCUUACUAUAGCAGAAAGGUGGCGCUUGUGAAUAGUAAGUCGUCGCCUUUGGAAAUAUGUAUGCCCACGCCUUUUCCGUAUGAGAUCACCAAGGUCGUGCCUUGGAAAUAUGAGAUUACUGUUGUGGAUAAGGUUGUUGAAGGAAGUUCAGACGCUGAGGUGACAAAAGCUGAAUCAACAGUUGUAGCUCCCACUAAAGAACCCGAAGUGGUUCAAUCCGAAGAUGAUGUGGAAUUCUUGAAGUUAAUCAAGAGAAGUGACUACAAGGUUGUGGACCAGUUGCAUCAGACACCAUCUAAAAUCUCUAUUCUAUCUCUGUUAUGGAACUCUCAAGCCCAUAGGGAGGCUUUGUUGAAGGUGCUUGCACAAGCUCAUGUAACACAAAGCAUAACAGUAGACCAAUUUGAUGGGGUGGUUGCGAACAUCACAGCUUGCAAUACUUUGAGCUUCAGUGGAGAGGAAUUACCUGAGGAUGGACAAAAUCACAAUCGUGCCCUCUAUAUCUCGGUAAAGUGCAAAGAUGAUGCUUUGGCAAGAGUUUUGGUUGAUACCGGAUCUUCUCUGAAUGUUAUGCCAAAAAUAACACUCGCCAAGUUGUCUUAUCAAGGACCAGCUAUGAAGCCCAGUGCCUUGGUAGUGAAAGCUUUUGAUGGUUCCAGGAGAACCGUGAUUGGAGAGGUGGAACUGCCCAUAUUGAUUGGCCCUCAUGUAUUCUCGAUUAAUUUCCAAGUCAUGGAUAUUAAUCCAGCGUAUUGCUGCUUGUUGGGACGUCCCUGGAUUCAUGCUGCAGGGGCAGUCACCUCCACUUUACACCAAAAGAUGAAGUUUGUGGUGGACAAUCAAUUGAUCAUCAUCUCUGGGGAGGAGGACUUUAUGGUUAGUCAUCUUUCAUCCUUCAGAUACAUCGAGGCUGAUGAGGACGCUUUGGAAACUUCUUUCCAAGCUCUUGAAAUAGCCAAUGCCACUUUUGUGGAGAUGAAGGACCCUGUUGGGAAAGCUUGUUCAUCUUCCGCUUCUCUGAAAAGCGCAAAGUCUAGCAUUGAAGGAGGAAACCCUGAAGGUUGGGGUCAACUUAUUGAUAUUCGUGAGAAGCAUGAUCGCUUUGGUCUGGGAUAUGUGCCUUCCGCUGCGAAAGGAGCCCGAGUCCCUGCAAAGGACAACACCUGA